AGUAACUACCUCGGGUUGCCAUGGAGACAGGUGGACCGCAGAAGGCCUGAGGCAAACAAAAUGUCCUCCACAGCUCACUCUGCAGCUUCUCACUUUGUAGGUCCCAUAGCCAAGGACCACUUGCCCUCAAGCCAGGAGCAUCCUCCACUUCCACGGCCAGAGGCCAAUGCUGAAGCUGUCAACUUCCUCAGCUCCUUGAGGCUGAAGGAGUUGCAGAUGCUGCUUUUCUCUGAGACACUGGUCAUGGUCUCCGACGGGGGCGAGCACCAGGGAGAGCUGACUAUUGAGGUGCAGAGUGGAAAGUACAAGGACCAGCAGGGGCUCAUGUCACACUGCCUCAUCGUGCAUGCUGGGAGCCACAGCGUCUUGGAUAAAACUGUUUGUGGAAACUCUGUCCUGGGCUACCUCUCAUGGAAGCUGGAGCCCUUAGAACAACACAGCCGUGAGUUCAUCAAGUUCCCCAUGCUCCCCAUGGAGCAGAAGACGAGUUUGCUGAAGAAAGAUGACCAGCUGGUCAUGACCAGAAGCAUCAGGGAGGGUGAGGAAGUGAAGACCAGCAGGACUUCCUUCCCUUGGGACUCAAAUGAGGGCUUCAUCUCCGAGGCUGCCAACCUGGUGCUGCUACGGGUGAUGGCCUGGCGUCAGAUGGUGCCCAGUAAUGCCCGCUUCCUGGCCCUGGACACUGAGGGCAAACUCUGCUGUUCCACUUAUCAAGCCCUAGGCUUCCAGACAAUCCAGAUGGGCCACCAGGAGGCCCAAGUGUUCAUCGUGGAGCAGACCGUGCACUCGGAGGGCAUCCCCAUGGCCUGUCAGUUCUACCUGCUUUCUGAUGGGCACCUGGCGAAGAGAGUCCAGGUGGGCUCCCCAGGGUGCUUCGUCAUCACCAAGAUGCCCAUCUUGAGGGAGGAGGAUGAGAUUGAGCCUCCGCUCGCGUUCCCCAAGAGGCCCCUGGUGUGGGAGGAAGACAUGGAGCUCUACUCCAAGUUCCUGGACCGGAAGGAGCAGCUCCGGCUGGGCCACGCUGGCUACCUGCGGCAGCACCCCGACGCCCAGGCUGUCGUCUCCGACUUCCUGCUCUUCCUGCUGGUGCGCCAGCCCCGGGACGCCGUCACCUUUGCCGCUGAGUUCUUCGGCUUCUUCGCCACCAACUGCACGCCUCCCCCGGCCUUGCGCUCCUCGCACCCUCCCAGCCCUUUCCGCCCGCAGGGCCCUAAAGACGGUGACCAAUCCGGGACGGGCUAGGCGGCCUGCGCUCCUGCAGGAAGGGGGCCCCGGGGGAGCGCGAGUCCCAGCCGCAGCUCUGCUGCGCCAGCAGGGACUGCCCCUGGCCGGCGUCUGGUGCCUUGAGUCAAAAAAAUACACCAACUAGGAACUGUUAACUGA